CACUCCCGCCCUCUCGCUGUGCUCGGCGGAGUCAGUCAGUCCGUCGGAGUCUGUCCUCGGAGCAGGAGGAGCGAAGAGAUUUCGAAGAGCCCCUUGUCCUAUUAUUUUCUUUCCCCUCCCUUUCUCCCGCCCCACAUCUCUCUUCACCCCUCUCUCGUCCUUGCGCAGCCAUGGCGGACCUGUCGGCGGCCACUCAGUCCCCGUCAGUCUCCUCGUCGUCCUCCGGGACCGAGCCCUCCGCGCCCGGCGGCGCCGGGAGCCCCGGUGCCUGCCCCGCCCUAGGGGCGAAGAGCUGCGGCUCCUCCUGUCCAGCUGGUUUCCCAGAUCGUCUUGCUUUUCUCUCAAAGGAAGUUGUUCAAAUGGAGGAGCAAAUAAAUAAAGAUCAAGAGUCCAAGAACCCACAUGAGAUACCAAGUAGGGAUGACAAAACUGCCUUGGAUGCUGAUGACAAGUUCACUGUGCUCACUGCCCAGAAACCACACACUGAGCCGUCCCAGGCAGGAGGCAUUUGCGCACGCUCCUUGUCCCCAUGCACAGUUCCGGGAGCUGGGAUCGCUGAAAAGGAUUCCCCUGAGUCACCGUUUGAAGUAAUUAUUGACAAAGCAGCAUUUGACAAAGAAUUUAAAGAUACAUAUAAGGAGAACGCAAAUGAUUUUGGUAGCUGGGCAAUGCACACUGAUAGAGAAUCAUCUGCAGACAUUUCAGAGUCUAAUGACAAAGUAUUUCCACUAAGAAAUAAAGAGGCAGGGCGUUACCCAACCUCUGCAUUGCUUACUAGACAGUUUUCACACACAACUGCAGCGCUGGAAGAGGUGUCUAGAUGUGUGAGUGAUAUGCAUAACUUUACUAAUGAGAUACUGACUUGGGAUUUGGUUCCCCAAGUGAAACAGCAGAGCGAUAAAUCUGACUAUAUCACAAAAGCUACAGGACUUGACAUGAGUGAAUAUAAUUCAAAAAUUCCAGUUGUAAAUCUUAAAACUAACACUCAUCAGAAAAUUCCUGUAUGUUCUAUUACUGGGAGCACUCCCAUCACUAAGUCAACAGAUGACUGGGCAGAAUCAUCUCUCCCACAAGAAAAUGCUGUCAUUGAAAAACCUAUACCAGACUGUUUCAAUUCCAUAACAGACGCCAAUAUCAGAGGUGUUCGAGGCAAUAUGCAGAAACAAGAUGACACACUUUCAGAGUUACCUGGGUCUCCAUUUGAGAAAUGUGUCUCUUUGGGUUCUGGAGUGGCCACAGUGAAUGUGGUUUUACCUGAUGGCCACCUGAAAGGUGAAAUGAACUGGCAGAGCUCUGUGUUGGGAGAAGGGACAGAGGCCGAUAGUUCUGGUGAGUCUGAUGACACAGUAAUAGAGGACAUCACAGCCGAUACUUCAUUUGAAAGUAACAAAAUUCAGGCUGAAAAACGUAUUUCCAUUUCUAGUGCUAUUGUAAAAGCAGAUGAAAGAGAAAUCAAAGAGAUUCUUAAUUAUAAUAGGGAAACCAAAACAUCUGAAAACUUUGAAGGGUCUAUCAAUGACUCUGAGCCAAAAGUUCAGCCUGAUAUUCUUAAAAGGAGUCCAGCUGGUAUGGUGGCAUGUUCCCAAGUACGCGAUAUGAACAUCAUGUCAGGAGAUGUGAAACAGUCAGACAGAAUGAGUGAAAUUAUUCCUGAAAAGUUUGUUGAAACUGAGGACCAAAAACUUCCUUCAGGAACAUCUUCAAAUGUUUUUAAUGAGACAGAAUUUUCACUAAAUGUGACAGCCUCUGCCUAUUUGGAGUCAUUACAUGGAAAAAGUAUUAAAGAUAUAGAUGAUUCUUCCCCAGAGGACCUGAUAGUAGCUUUUACAGAAACCAGGGAGAAAGGAAUAGUAGAUAAAAGUGAAGGAAAUGCAUUUGAAGCAACAUCAAAGAAGACAACAGACUUCAAAACAACAACUCCUGUAGAAGUCUUGCAUGAAAGUGAGUCAGGAGGUUCUGAAAUUAAAGACAUAAAAAGCAAAUACUCUCAACAAAACAAAAAACCAAGUGGAAACGAGCUUCUGGAUAUUUUCCCCAUCCAAGGUACUUCAGUAGCAUCUCUUGACUUCGAACAGGAACAGCUCACAAUCAAAGCCCUUAAAGAACUGAAUGAAAGGCAGGUUGAGAAGUCUGCUCCCACACAGGAUAAAGUAGAAUCUCCUUCUGAAGAAAUACUCAAACAGACUUUCACAUUUGCUCCAGAAUCUUCUCAUCCACAGGGAUCACAUGAUGUCCUAGAAUCCACAGAUGUCAAGACUGGAUCUGAUAUUGGGAUUUCCAAAAAGCCCACUGUUAUCAAAGAAGCUACUAGUGUAGGUUUUCUUUCCAGCCUUAGCAAGACUGAACUGGUAAACAAGCAUGUCCUAGCAAGACUUCUGACAGACUUCUCAGUGCACGAUCUGAUUUUCUGGCGAGAUGUGAAGAAGACUGGGUUUGUCUUCGGCACCACGCUGAUCGUGCUGCUUUCCCUGGCAGCUUUCAGUGUCAUCAGUGUGGUUUCUUACCUCAUCCUGGCUCUUCUCUCUGUUACCAUCAGCUUCAGGGUCUACAGGUCUGUCAUCCAAGCUGUACAGAAGUCAGAAGAAGGCCACCCAUUCAAAGCCUACCUGGAUGUAGACAUCACUCUGUCCUCAGAAGCUUUCCAUAAUUACGUGAAUGCUGCCAUGGUGCACGUCAACAGGGCCCUGAAACUCCUUAUUCGUCUCUUUCUGGUAGAAGAUCUGGUUGACUCCUUGAAGCUGGCUGUCUUCAUGUGGCUGAUGACCUAUGUUGGUGCCGUUUUCAAUGGAAUCACCCUUCUGAUUCUUGCUGAACUGCUCGUUUUCAGUGUUCCAAUUGUCUAUGAGAAGUACAAGACCCAGAUUGAUCACUACGUUGGCAUCGUCCGUGAUCAGACCAAGUCGAUUGUUGAAAAGAUCCAAGCAAAACUACCUGGAAUCGCAAAGAAAAAGGCAGAAUAAGGAAACCAGAAAUGCAGUCACUAAAACCCCAUUAAUAGUUAUAACUGGUGACUUGUACUAUGAAGGAAAGUGCUCAGUGUCAGCUUGAGCCUGCAUUCCAAGCUUUUUUUUUUUAAUUUGGUGUUUUCCCCUCCUUUCCCUUUACCUGCAGUAUCAAGCACAAGAAUUGUUGGACUGAAAAAUGAACUGAUAUCUUAGAACCCAAGAGAAUAAAGACAGAAUCCGUUGAGUAGGAUAAAGCAAUACCUUAAUGGUGGUGGAGCCUUUACAUGUAGCUUGAAAGGGGAAAGAUUGGAGGGGAAAAGUGAAAAAGAUAAAACACCCUCCCGGGCUCUUCUAUUUAAUUUCAAAGCUAUGUAAUUUCCUUACACUGCGUCCUGUCAUGAUUUUGCCCUUAUCUGCAAGUUAAGGAAUAAUGGUUAAGUUGUCUGGGGACAGGGGAAUUCCUUCCCGCAGGUUUGGGGGGUUUUGCAGCCCUCGAUCCCAUCUUCCUGCCCCACAAUGUGAGCAUCUUACUCCUCGUGUUCCUCUUCGCUUAUAGAUGCACCUUUCAACCCUGGGAAUAACUUAUAGGUGAUAGGAAUAACUCCUGGUUACCAGAAUGCCAUCUGAUAGCCAAGAACGGAACCAGAAAGUGGCACUGGAGAGGGCGUCAACAGGAGCACUGCCGUGAGCACUGCUCCCUGCCACUCGUCCCGAGGAAAGGGGAGGCUCCACCAUUGGGAAGAUGGUGUCUGGGUCAUUUUGGACACCAGUUCUGAGCUUUAGUUUGAGAACUCAUUCCUGAAUGUGCUUUCCCCUCUCUUCCCUACCCACCUCACCUCAAGUUUAAUAAAUACAGUUGUACUUUUCUUAUUAUGAAAUAAAUGUCUGUAACUGCUGUAAACUUGUUAGAGAAAAAAAAUAACCUGCAUGUGGGCUCCAGUUGUUGAGUUGUGAUCCUGUAUCAGUCCGGGGGGGGGGGCACAUUCUCAAGAGAAGAAACACAAAGGCUUUCCCCUUUUAUCUUUUCCCUACAGCUUCUCCUGCACAGGCUGCACCUCUAACCUGUGCGCAUCUUUUUACCAUGAGGACCACAGCUGAGCUGGCUUGGGAGGAGGUGGUGUGUGUCUGUAGUUGAGACCACAAAUUAGUGUAGGGAAGUGAUUUUGGGGUUCAUAGGGAGUUUUAAUUUUGAGGCUAGCUUCUGGGUGUGUGUCAUGUUUUGAGGGCUUCUUUCAUUUUUCAGGCACAUAAAAUGUCCUAGCACCUUUGCCAUGGCCCAGGGUGCUCCUUUUGAGAGUGUUUUCCAGGAAGCUUCAGGUAAGGGUGACCAGGCAGUGUCAGAUGGUGUUGACGGGCUCUGUGCACAAUUAAAAGACGAUAGAACAGCUCACACUGACAUCAGAUGGAGGGCAAUGGGGAAUCUUGGAUUCCCGUUUGAGACUGAUACAUGGCUUCCUCCCCUUCCAACAUGAAAAUUCAGUAAACUGGAAAGCCACCUGGGAGUUCUUGUAACUCACGGUAACCCAGAAGGAAUAUGCGCUGGUGACUUUAAAGUAAGGGCUGCGCUCUUUGACAGUCCCAAGGACUGCAACUCUUUAGAAGGUAGCAGAAGGGAAGUUUCUGUGUUUUGGGGAAAAUUACUUAGGAAUUUAGAUGAGUAAAAGGUAUCCUUGCCUUACUCAAUUCUCUUACUUUCUUAACCCCCUUUCCUGUUGAAAUUGUUAACUGAUUUCAUGUCAUAGUAUAGAAAAUGCAUUCUCCAGCCCCAUCCUUUGCCCUCCCAGGAAGUCACUGCACUGAUGAUCUUUUUGGGCUUCCCCUCCAAAGGACCUUUGUCUGCACUGGAAGCCCCCACACUUAGCUCUUUUGUUUUGUUAGUGCUGUGUUUAGAUAAUUGGACAGAUCUUUGUGCCACACAGGAAAUUUUUUUUUUUAAGAAAAACCUAUAGAUGAAAAAUUACUAAUGAAACUAUGCGUGUGUGUGCGUGCAACAUAAAAAUACAGUAGCACCUAAAGAGCUUGAAUCUUGGUUCCUGUAAAACUGCAAAUUGAUGUAUUAAUAAAAAUUUUAAAAAGUC